AUGGCCAGUGUAAUGAACAAGUUCAAGGUUAUUCUAUGGAAAAGCUACGUUCUGCGCAGACGACACUGGCUACUGAGCUCAUUUGAAGUGUUGGCACCCCUUCUCUUGUUCUACAUCUUCACUAGAUACUGCCCAAAGGAGAUUAAAGCAGAACAGGAUUACGUUAUAUACCCUCCCCACCGUCUAAAGGACCUUGUAGACCAGUUUAACAUGGGGCAAGGAGAAUUCCACCAAAUAGGUUUCGCCCCUUUCACACCAGCCACGGAUGAAAUAGCUUCCGACUUGGAGGAAAAACUGUCUGAAACAAACCUUCGUGGAAAGUUCAAUAUUACUAAAUUUACCAGCGAGGCCCAGUUAAAUAAAUGGUUGAAUAGUAGAAAUGAUCCCUUUGAACUGAUGAAUAUUGUUGGCAUAGUCUGUGAUGUUGGACCUAUCAAAUUAAAGUACAAGAUAAAAAACUACAAGGAAAUCGCAAGUUCUGUCGAUGAAUUAUUUGGAUAUCCGUUUGAAUCAGGAAAAUAUUUUUUGAAUAUGUUUUUAAUCAUACAAAUGAUAAUUGACACAAAUUUUAUACGUCGUUUGACAGGAGAAAAACAUGAAAUUGCACUGCAGAAAUUCCCAGAUCUUGGUUUUGAAAUAUUAAGUGUAGCAAACUAUGUAUUUCCUAUUGUUACAACUUGUAGCUUUGUUUUCAUUAUGCCAGCAAUUUUGACAAAAAUAGUGGAGGAAAAGCUGACUGGAAUAAAGGAGCUCCAGAAGAUGACAGGUCUCCAUACAUGGAUGUUAUGGACAGGAUGGAUGAUUCAUUCUCUGAUGGUGUACAGCAUAUCUGUCAUCAUCAUAACUGUUAUGUUUAGGCUUCCAUGGUUGGAUCGUUGUGAACUACUGAAUCACAGGUUCUCAGACAACAUUUGUGAGCCCCUGUACCAGGUAGACAGCUGGUUGGUCAUCUGGUAUCUGUUGAUGUUGUUCAUAGUCACCAUGGUCCUCUAUUGCUUCGCUGUCAGCACAUUCUUCACAAGCCCCAACUUAGCCACGAUUGUCGGCAUAUUGCUGUGGAUCAUUCCUCCAUUCACGAUGUUGGACAUGUUAACGUCUACAUCUCCUGCUAGCAAGUCUGCCCAGCUCAUCUCUUGUAUCUCUCCCCCUGUAUGUCUCUCCUGGGCGUUUACCAUCUUUAUCAACUUUCAACAUAAAGGUAAAUUUUGGUCUUGGAGCAGGUUCUUUGAGAAAGGAACCACUGGAGGUCUGUCUCUUGCUCAUGUCAUCUUCAUGUUUUACUUUGAUUGGUUCCUCUUCUCCAUCAUCACUUGGUAUGUUGAUGCAGUAAAACCUGGGCCUUAUGGGAGAGCUAAGCCAUUCUAUUUCCCACUGAAGCUGUGGAAAUCCAACAAAGACAAUGUUGGUUCUUGUGAGAUCGACGACCAGAACAAUUUUGAACCACCCCCAAAGGACACGAAAAUUGGAAUUAGCAUUCAAAGUUUACGUAAAGUUUUCGGGCCCAAAGUAGCUGUGGAUAAAGUCAAUCUUGAUAUUUACGAGGGAGAGAUAACAGCUCUUCUCGGACACAACGGAGCUGGCAAAACUACGACAAUGUCCAUCUUGUGUGGUCUCUAUUCGCCUAGCAAAGGAUCGGUGAUUGUGGAUGGAGUGAAUAUUUUUGAUGACAUGGAUCGGUUCCGGCACAAUCUCGGACUUUGCCCUCAACACAAUCUGCUGUUUUCUUAUCUCACUGUUCUAGAACACCUUGUAUUUUUUGGAAUGCUGAAAGGUCUGCCCAAAGAUCGUGCCGAGGCUGUAGGAAUGAAACUGCUUGUGUCUUUCCACAUCACCAACAAGAGCAAUCAGUACGUCGCUCAACUGUCAGGGGGGAUGAAACGGAAACUGUGCCUCGCCAUUGCCUUGAUGGGCGACCCAAAGAUCCUGAUGUUGGAUGAGCCAACUGCUGGGAUGGAUCCAGAGUCAAGAAGGGAAGUCUGGGAUAUACUUUUGAACUAUAGAGGAGCGAGAACAAUUUUGAUAACAACUCAUUUUAUGGAAGAAGCAGAUGUUUUGGGAGAUAGAAUUGCAAUAAUGGAUCACGGAAGAGUUAGCUGCUAUGGAACCUCGAUUUUCUUGAAAAAGUUGUAUGGUACAGGUUAUCACAUAGUUAUUUUGAAAGAAGCUGAAAAAUUGGAAGUUCCCAUUACCACUGUGAUGGAAGAUCACUUAAAUGACCCCAAGUUGAAGACGAACUUGCCGACACAGUUGUCUUACAACGUGUCCUCGAAUGACGCUGCAAAGUUCCCUUCGCUUUUUGAAGUUUUGGAAAACAGAAAAACUGAGUUGGGAAUAACAGGAAUCAGUAUAGCCUGUACAACAAUGGAAGACGUGUUUCUUAGAGUCGCUGAAGGAGGUUUACCAUUUGAAGUGAAAGCAAUUCCAGCGGAACUUAUCUUAAGCUCUCUCCCUGUAGUUCAGACCAGGAUUCGUUUGGAAGGAUUCAUGCUUGCAAUACAUCAACUACGAGCUCUCUUUGUCAAGAAGAUGAUUUUUCUUUACAGAACAUGGUUUGGAACUUUGAUUUUUGCUCUGACUCCACUAUUAGCCAUCAUACUGAUACUUAGUGGAGGUUUGCUGAGUGAGAUAGAACACAUCGACGACUCUAUUGAGAUGAAUCUAGCGAUGUACGACAACACAGAAGUACCCUACACAUUUUCUCAUCACCAAGUAGUUAAGGACAGCUUUAAUGAUAUCGUCAUCGCUCAAGGAAGCUCUCCGGAAGAAUUUGAUGUCAAUAUCAACGAAGGUUUGAAAACCAGAGUGCAGGAGGACAAGUCUUACUACCACCGGACCGUGGUUGCUGUAGAGUUCAACCGCAGCGUGAUCUCAGCUCUACACAACGGCUUGGCUGUACAUGCAGCUCCUGUGGCACUCAAUCUCAUCACAAACUCCAUACUCAAGUCUUACAGUCCAACCAGCUCGGUCACUGUGAUAAGCCACCCCUUCCAUGGCAUUAAGGAAAAUCUGUGUGACAACCAUGAGUUGAUGAGUGAAGCAGUGGCAGUCGUCAAAGCUCUGCCAUGGGUGUUACUGGUUUGUGGGCUCAUGAUUAUAGUUGCCAGGUUUAUCUCUCUGCCAUUGAUCGAACGCGCUAAUGGAGCCAAGCCGCUACAGUUAAUGACUGGUGUCUCCCCAUUCAUCUAUUGGCUCAGUCACUUUCUAUGGGAUUUCAUCAUCUACUUCACCGCAACAUCACUAAUGAUUGGAGCAAUUUGGCUGCUAGAUGUUGACAAGACGAUUACAAUGUCUGGAAAAAUGCAUUUGCUCUUCUUUUUGAUACUUCUCUAUGGAAUAAGUGGGGCUCCAUUUGCAUAUUUAGUCACUUUCCUGACAAAGUCAUCAGCAAAAGCCAUAUCUUUAUUUUUGAUGUUUAACCUUGCAACAGGUGUUAUUGCUCCCCUCGUAAUGUUGGCAGUGGGGAAAGACUAUCAAUAUCGCAAGCAAACGCCAAGCCUCACGUUUGACCUGAUCAACAACCUACUGUGUCUAAAUCCUCUUUAUGCUCUGUGCGCUGCCAUGUUGUGUUUAGUGAAGACAAUGCUCGUAGAGAGUAGUUGCAAAAGAUGCUCCGACUAUUGUGAUUCUGAAGAUAUAUUUGAGGAACAGUCUGAAAAUUUCUUCAGCAUUUUGCAAUACGUUGUUUUUCUCUCGGUGGAAUGGUUCUUCUACUGGUUACUGAUAUUCCUCAUUGAGUUCGGACCUUUGAUGAAACUGUUUUCCAUGAUCAAGAAUCUGUGGAUUGGACCGAUGUUUAAGUUCACUGUCAUUGAUGAUGAUGACGUUGUGGAGGAAAAGCAGAAAGCAAAAUCAUUUCUUCAUGGCAAUUCCCAGAGCGUACCAGUGUUGAGAGUGUGCGGGCUGGGUAAGAAAUACAACAGAAACAUCGCAGCAGUCCAUGAAGUCAGCUUUCUGGUGGAGAAAGGUCAAUGUUUUGGUCUCCUGGGGGUCAACGGUGCUGGGAAAACAACCACUUUCAAAAUGUUGACUGGUGAAGAAACACCUACUUCGGGAACAGCGUCUGUACUCAAUUUUGAUCUUAUUCGGCAAAAGACUCAGUUCUUGGCUGAGAUUGGAUACUGUCCCCAAUUUGAUGCCAUCAUUGAAGAUUUGACCGGAGAAGAAAUGCUGCAGCUUUACGCUGCGUUACGGGGAACUCCUAGUGAUGAUAUCAAGUCUAAAGUUGAAACUUGGGUCCGAUUUAUGGGUAUAGACGAGUACGCAAGAGCGCCCUGUGGUACAUACAGCGGAGGCAACAAACGCAAGUUGAGCACAGCCAUGGCUCUGAUAGGAGAUCCAGCUGUGGUGUUCCUGGAUGAGCCCACAGCUGGUGUGGACCCGGUGAGCAGACGACGCCUUUGGGACGUGCUUGCUAGGUGUCAGAAGACUGGACAGGCCAUCGUGCUUACAUCUCACAGCAUGGAGGAGUGUGAAGCACUGUGUUCACGUCUAACAAUUCUGGUCGGAGGCCACAUGAAGUGUAUCGGUAGCACUCAAUAUCUCAAACAGAGGUACGGACAAGGCUACACCAUCAUGAUCAAACUUUUCACAAACAACCCUGACGCAGAUGAUGCAUUGUUUGCAUUCAAGAACGCUGUUAACAGAACGUUCUCCAGGUGUUUUAUAAAGGAUGAACACAAGGGUCUUCUCCACUACCAUAUAGCAGACAACUCAAUGCUACUAUCAGUGUUGUUCUCUAAAUUAGAAGAUCUCCGCAGUCAACAUUCCAUUGUAGAAGACUACACAGUCGGAGACACCACCCUUGAACAAGUCUUUAUGUCAUUUGCAAAACAGGUUCCUCCAACGAUAGUUAUUGAACCAGUUGAUGUUUGAACAAAACAAGUAUUUAUGUUGUUUGCAAAACAGGUUACUCCGACAAUAGUUAUCGAACCAGUUGAUUUUCAAACAAAAUAGAACAAGUUAGGAUAGCAGCUAGCUUACCCAUGGGGGACUUUCAAAUGUAAAGAAACAUUCACAUUCUCUACACUCGACAAAGUCCCCCAGGCGACAAAAUAUUGUAUGUUCAGAAUUUAUGUGGUAUUCCCAGUUUCAAGAACAAAUUAUUAAUGUUCAGUUUCUCUUCUGAAUGUUCUAUGGCCUACCUGCACUUUUCAAAGAUUCUAUCCUCCUUAUUCACAAUUCAAAAUCCUGGCCCAGAGCCUUUUCUUGGAAAAAAACACUAAAUAGAACAAGUGUUCAUGAUGUUGGCAAAACCGAUCCCUCCUGAGGUAGUUUUUUUUCCUAGGUCGAUAGGCACGAGCCUGGAAUUGUUUUUCACAUUA